GAUCGUAGUAGGUGUUGUAAAAAUAGUUGACAGACCAGAGACACCAAAUAACUUAUGACAUACAGUAAAUCUUGCUCUGUAAGGAUCACAAUUGUUUUAAUGUUUGAGAUGUUGCCAAAGUGAUUCAUCUGCUGUGUUGUUUCAGGCUUUUCUACUCCAUCAUGUCAGAGGGAAAUCAGAGCACUGUGACCGAAUUCAUCCUCACUGGAUUCCCUGGACUUCACCCAGAGUACGAAGGCAUUGUCUCAGCUGUAUUGUUCUUUGUUUAUUUGCUAACUUUGACGGGCAAUGCUACAAUUAUUUGUUUAUUUGCAACAGAUCGCAGCCUCCAUAAGCCGGUGUAUUACAUCAUUCUUAAUCUGACUGUGAGUGAUAUUCUCAUGAGCACAACUGUUUUACCUAAGAUCACGAGUAAAUACUGGUUUAAUUCAGGGACUAUUUCGUUCACUGCUUGCUUUGUUCAAAUGUACUUUGUUCACUAUCUUGGCACAGUGAAUUCAUAUAUUUUCUUCCUGAUGGCCUUUGAUAGAUACUUGGCUAUCUGUCAUCCUCUCAGAUAUCCAACUCUUCUUAAACACUCCACCAUCUUCAUUCUCAGUAUGAGUGCAUGGGUUAUUGCCAAGGCAGGCGCUUUAAUGUUAGUUAUUCGAGCUUACCCCCUGCCUUACUGUGCCUCAAACAUAAUCAAUCACUGCUUCUGUGAUCACAUCGGUAUAACAACACUUGCGUGCACUGACCGAGGCCCCUAUGGUCUUCCUGCUUUUGGGCUAGCGAUGGUUGCACUUCUUGGACCUCUGGCGUUUAUCAUUUUCUCAUAUUGCUCUAUAAUUAUAAAUGUUCUUAAGAUAGCAAACGUACAAGGCCGUCUAAAAUCUAUGUCCACUUGUAGCACUCAACUGAUUGUGAUAUCACUCUAUUACCUACCCAGAUGUUUUGUAUAUUUAGCCAGCAAUGUCGGCAUUAAAUUCAGUGCUGAUGUGCGAAUAGUUAUUAUCAUGCUGUAUAGCCUUUGCCCUCCCAUGAUUAAUCCACUAAUAUACUGCUUAAGGGCUAAAGACAUGAGAGAAAGCUUUAGUAAGCGACUCUACAAAAAGACUGUUCCACAAAAAGCACAAAUCUCAGCAGUGAGUCACUCCUAAACCAAUAGUUCAGUGUUUAUCUUUGUAACUGCCUUCUGUCUUUUUAUGGAUUUGUUUUAUUAAAAAUGUAUUGAUAAUUUAAGAAUUGAAAGUUAAAGACUUUAAACUUUUAAACGUGUCAUUUUGAAAAUAUGUAUAUUUUAAGAGGGAGGCUAACUGCUUUGUCUAUCUGGUAUAAAAGUAUUGCUUAAAGCAACACAACACGGUUAUAAAAAGAGAAUACGUAUGUACUGUAUAUUAAAAUCACAAGAUGCCCGGUGAUGUUUCGUUGGGGGAAACAAAAUAAAACAGUUUGAACGUGUUUGAAAACUGGUUUGUGACCUAAUUGUGAGCACUUUUAGACCCCAGCAGUUACUGUAUGGACAUGUCAAGUUAUGGUACAGAAUGGAGCGUGUCAGGUGUCAGAGUAAAGGGAACUUAAAGUGGGGUGUCUUUGUCUUUG